CAGCAACCCGACCAUAAAUCAAACACUUCACUCCACGGGCCAUGUCUGUAUUGGGCAGGAUUUAGAAGAGAACAGUUGGUCCCAUCCGCCAGAUUGGGGAAGGUGCUUGAAGAUUUGGAACCCUGGGAGAACAUGUCGAAUGAACUAGAUUUCAGGUCUGUGCAGGUACUCAAGAACGACGCCGUCAACUUCCAGAAGUUCUCCUGUACCAAUGAAGAUGAGGCCUGGAAGACCUAUCUGGGAAAUCCCCUGACUGCUGCCACCAAGGCCAUGAUGAGAGUCAACGGGGACGAAGAUAGUGUUGCUGCCCUGAGCUUUCUCUAUGACUACUACAUGGGCCCAAAGGAAAAACGGAUCCUCUCCUCAAGUACAGGAGCAAGAAGUGACCUAGGAAAGAGGUACCACCAUGGGAUGGAAUAUGAAGUAGACUUUCCCCCACUGGAGAGCCCCACUCAUCUCAUGAAGUUCUUGACUGAAAAUGUCUCGGGGUCCCAGGAGUACCCAGACCUAACCAAGAAGAACAAUCUGAUGAACUUGGAGGGGACAGCCUCAACCAAGUCAGGCCUCCUCCCUCCUGGCCCCAGCAAGCUAGAGGAUAGCCCUGCAGAUGGCAGCUACUUGCUUCCUACUGGUGACAUGUAUGAUAGCAGCCUCAGCAACCUGUUUGAGACUAUCCACGGACCCCCACCCCAGCAGCGGUGGCAGCCUGACAGCACCUUCAAGGAUGAUGGACAAGAGUCAUUACUCUUUCCUGAUAUCUUGAAAAGUCCUUCAGAGCCCCAAUGUCCAGAGGAUUACCCUGGCACUAAGAGUGACUUUGAAUAUACCCUGGGUUCUCCCAAAGCCAUCCACAUCAAAUCUGGGGAGUCACCAAUGGCCUAUCUCAACAAAGGCCAGUUCUACCCAGUUACCCUGAGGACGCCUGGAGGAGGCAGAUGCCUGCAUUUAUCUUCCAACAAAGUGAAGAGCAUGAUCAUGGUUGUGUUUGACAAUGAGAAGAUCCCUGUGGAGCAGCUGCGAUUCUGGAAGCAUUGGCAUUCUCGUCAGCCCACAGCCAAACAACGGGUCAUUGAUGUGGCGGAUUGCAAAGAAAACUUCAAUACUGUCCAACAUAUUGAGGAAGUGGCUUACAAUGCCCUGUCUUUCGUGUGGAAUGUGAACGAAGAAGCCAAGGUAUUCAUUGGAGUCAAUUGUCUGAGCACAGACUUCUCCACUCAGAAGGGGGUAAAAGGGGUUCCACUAAAUCUCCAGAUAGACACUUAUGAUUGUGGUACAGGGACAGACCGCCUGGUGCACCGAGCUGUCUGCCAGAUCAAGAUAUUCUGUGAUAAGGGUGCAGAGAGGAAAAUGCGGGAUGAUGAACGCAAACAGUUUCGGAGGAAAGCCAAAUGCCCAGACUCCAGCAACAAUGGCCUCAAGGGUUGCCCACUCUCUAAUUUCCGAGGCAAUGAGACCACCUACCUUCGGCCAGAAACUGACCUGGAGAGCCAGCCUGUUCUCUUCAUCCCCAACAUCCACUUCUCCAACUUGCAAAGGAAUGGCGUGGCUGGUUCUCCUACCAUCCACAACGGCACAAACAGGCUGCCUCUGAAACGAACCUGUUCACCCUUCUCUGAUGACUUUGACCUUCUGCCACCCAAGCAAGCCAAGGAAGACGAUCUCCAGAGAGUCUUGUUAUAUGUCCGAAGGGAGACAGAGGAGGUGUUCGAUGCCCUCAUGCUGAAGACCCCAGACCUCAAAGGGUUGAGGAACGCGAUCUCAGAGAAGUAUGGUUUUCCUGAAGAAAGCAUUUACAAAGUCUAUAAAAAAUGCAAGCGAGGAAUCUUGGUGAACAUGGACAACAAUAUCAUACAGCACUACAGUAACCAUGUGGCCUUUCUACUCGACAUGGGAGAACUCGAUGGCAAAAUUCAGAUUAUCCUCAAGGAGCUAUAGGGCCCCAGCACUGCUCUGCCCUUGGACCUCUUGGCCUACAUUUGACUCAGAGAGCCCGAAUGUAGUCCUAAAAACCCAAUACAACCUCUUUCUAUUCCUCAGUGUUCUCACUUACUUGAAUGCACUCACCUGGGAGGGAAGAUGCUCCAUCUUCGGAAGAAGUCUGCACAACUCCCAAGAGAAGCUUUGCCUCUUUGGGGAUGCUGCCCAGUCUUUGAUUCCAGAGACAGCAGCCAUCCCAGUCUUCGGACUGUUGCCUACCCCACCCUGGAGAGCAGAGUCUUCUUGCUCCUUGCACUGGGGCUGCCCUGCCAUGCUGAUGGCCAGACAUUUUGGUUGGGAUCUUGGUGGUCUUGGCUUCCAAGGCUACUCUUGUGGCUUCUCCUAUUUUCCAUUCCCAUCUCUGGACAGAAUAGGAAGGCAGAUGGGGAAAUUCCAUUCAUGGGACAAAAAGACAUUUGAAGCCAGACCCAGCCAUACCAGGCCACUCAUUCUCCACUUCUUGCCCCAAGCUGAAG